AUGAAAGCGCCAAAUACUUUGUUUGGUGCAAAACGAAGAAAGUUUCAUGGGGUUUUCAACGUUUUGUGUGCCAUGGUUGUGUUUUUCUUCUUUUACAAUCGGGAAGACAUCAUUCGCAACCCAAUUCUCAGGCAAUCAUCCUAUUUUGCUAACCACGGGUUGCCUCAAAAUUCGAUUUUGAGAGAUGGGUCUUCUGUAAUUCAACGUCGGAUGGCUGAAAUUAGCGCCAACACUUCAAGUGUUGCCGGUGAGAAUGAUUUGGGUGUUUCCGAAUUAUGUUCUGGGUUGGUCCACCAUGAUGGUUAUUCUAGUCCCUGUGAAUUCUUAAAGGUCAAUCCACAGUGUUCUUCUGAUGGAUAUCUUGAUUACCUGAAGUUUUUCUAUUGUUCAUGUGAGGGUUUUAGAGUGUUUGGUUAUCUAGUGUUGGCUGUGUGGCUUGCUGCUUUGUUUUAUCUCUUGGGAAACACUGCUGCAGAUUACUUUUGCCCUUCUCUUGAGAACUUGUCAAGGAUCUUGAAAUUGCCUCCAACUGUGGCUGGGGUUGUGUUGCUUCCGCUUGGGAAUGGAGCACCUGAUGUGUUUGCUAGUAUAGCUUCUUUUGUGGGUGCUGAAAGUGGUGAGGUGGGUCUUAACAGUGUGUUGGGUGGUGCUCUUUUUGUUACCACUAUUGUUGUUGGAGCUGUUUCGCUAUGCGUUGCGGAGAAGGAGAUUGAAAUCGAUGGAAGAUGCUUUAUAAGGGAUGUGAGUUUCUUUCUUGUGACUCUCUUUUCGCUGCUUUUGAUUUUGGUUGUUGGUAAGGUAGGCGUUGGAGCGGCAAUUGGUUUUGUAUCCAUUUAUUUUGUGUAUGCAUUCAUUGUUGCUGCCAAUGAGAUAUUGAGGAAACAUGCACAGAGAUUGAAAUUGGAUGCUGUCACACCAUUGCUUCCUGUCCAGGGAAGUGUGUUCUCUCUAGGUUUGGAAGAUGAUAUUUCAAUCUUUAGCUCUUUGCUUGAAGACACCGAGAGCGAUCCUCCCCGCCUCCCUCCAUCGUUGCCACAGUGGAUGUGGUCUUCAAAUGUGGCAAUAUAUUCAAACCAAUCAAGCAAAAUCAAUUUUUUGGAUGAUGAAAGGCCUCUCUGGGGAUGGAGUGACGGGUCUGUUGAGAACACCAGGACGUCAUUCUCAGUUUCAAAACUUUUUCUGCUGAUGGAGAUUCCACUGGCUAUUCCUAGGCGGCUAACAAUUCCAAUGGUCGAUGAACAAGCAUGGUCAAAGCCUUAUUCUGUGAUCAGUUCUUCAUUGGCUCCGAUUCUCCUAGCCAUUUUGUUUAGCACCCGAGAUAAUGUGAGUAAUCAGGGUGUUGUAUUUUCUUAUUGUGUUGGUGUUGCUGUUGGUUGCACAUUUGGUAUUCUCACUUAUAAAUACACGGUGCCUGAUCGUACGCCCCAUCAGUUUUUGCUCCCUUGGGUUCUGGGAGGAUUCAUCAUGAGCAUAGUGUGGUUCUACAUAAUAGCAAACGAGCUUGUGGCUCUAUUGGUAGCAUUUGGUGUAAUUUUUGGAAUUAAUCCAUCCAUCUUGGGGUUAACUGUAUUAGCAUGGGGAAAUUCAAUGGGAGAUUUGAUGUCAAAUAUUUCAUUGGCGUUGGAUGGAGAAGAUGGGGUUCAGAUUGCUUUAUCUGGAUGCUAUGCAGGUCCAAUGUUCAACACACUUGUUGGUUUGGGAGUCUCACUGCUGAUUGGGGCCUCGUCUAAGAAACCCUCUGUUUACGUGUUGCCUGAAGACAGUAGCUUAUUUUACACCAUGGGAUUUCUGAUCGCUGGACUGCUAUGGGCACUUGUUGUGCUACCUGCCAAGAACAUGCAUCCUAACAGAACAUUAGGAAUGGGUCUCAUCACCCUUUAUUUGAUAUUUCUUUCUUUCAGGAUUUGCACUGCUAUGGGAUUUAUAACAGUUGCUGGUUUAAGAUGA